AUGAAGACAUUAAUAUUGGUAGUUUUAGUAACGGUAACAAUCACAAGUCUUGAUGCAAGUAAAAUAAUAAAAUUAACCAGCAGCAAAUUUAGAGAUGUAAAAACUACUCCUGCCAAGCGACAUUUAGACUCUAUAUCUAGUGAUCUAUUUAAACGCGAUGAACAGAAACGACACAUGGACUCCAUAACAAGUGACCUAUUUAAGAAAAGCGAUAAACACAUAAAGGAAUCGACGGCUAAUGGUGUUAUAAAACGACCCCUUGAUGCUGAAGCGGCUGAUCUCAUUCAAAAACGUCCCAUGGAUUCCAUUGCUGGUGAUUUAUUCAAACGUCACCACAUGGACGCCAUUGCAAGCGAUCUUUUCAAAAAGCGACAUGUGGAUUCGCUGGCUGGUGAUAUAUUUAAGAAAAACCAUAUGGACUCAAUUGCUGGUGAUUUAUUUAAGAAAAAUCAUAUGGACUCAAUUGCUGGUGAUUUGUUUAAGAAAAACCAUAUGGACUCAAUUGCUGGUGAUUUAUUUAAGAAAAACCAUAUGGACUCAAUUGCUGGUGAUUUGUUUAAGAAAAACCACAUGGAUUCAAUUGCUGGUGAUUUGUUUAAGAAAAACCACAUGGACUCAAUAGCUGGUGAUUUGUUUAAGAAAAACCAUAUGGACUCAAUAGCUGGUGAUUUGUUUAAGAAAAACCAUAUGGAUUCAAUUGCUGGUGAUUUGUUUAAGAAAAACCACAUGGAUUCAAUUGCUGGUGAUUUGUUUAAGAAAAACCACAUGGAUUCAAUUGCUGGUGAUUUGUUUAAGAAAAACCACAUGGACUCAAUAGCGGGUGAUUUGUUUAAGAAACGACACAUGGAUUCAAUUGCUGGUGAUUUGUUUAAGAAAAGUCAUAUGGACUCAAUUGCUGGUGACCUGUUCAAAAGAAAAGAGGAACAGAAUAGUAAUGACAUUAACAAAAGGCCCAUGGACGAUUUGGCUAACUCUCUGAUAAAACGUGAUUAUGAAAAGGACAUUCAAAUGUUAGAUAACUACCAAAACAAACGGCACAUGGACUCCAUUUCCGGAGACCUCAUUCUGAAGCGUAAUGAUCAGAAUGGUCCCGUACAAUACAAGCGUCACUUAGAUUCUAUCGCAGGCGAUUUAUUUGAAAAGCGACACCAUAUGGACUCAAUUUCUGGCGAUUUGUUCAAGAAAAGGCACAUGGACUCCAUCGCUGGCGAUUUGUUUAGGAAAAGGCACAUGGACUCGAUUGCCGGUGAUCUUUUCAAGAAAAGGCAUUUAGAUUCGAUUGCUGGAGAUCUAUUUGAAAAAAGGCACUUGGACAACGUUGCUGGGGAUCUUUUUAAACGGGAUGCAGAGAGCGCACCAAGACAAAGGCGAGCAAUUUACAGUCGAAGAUCACGUUACGGACGCACAACAAGACCAUGGAGUGGUUAUCAGCGAUAUUUUGGCUUUGGACAUAAGAGAUACAUAGACAAUAUAGCAAAUAGUCUAUUAAAACGAUCGGUUCCAAACGGUAUGCCAGUAAAGAAAGCAGAUCAUGCGAUUCAAAGACGUUUUGUUGAUUCCAUCGGCAAUGACUUGAUUUUACGAUAA